CGAGCACCCAGCCGGAGCGCUGACGCAUUUCCGCAGCCCGCUUCGGGUUGCUGUCAGAGGCGGAGGGAAUGUGGCGGGCGGCUGGAUACAAAGAGUCGGGCGGCGGCGGCGGCUCCUCGUUACAUUUGUAGCGGCGCGGUGAGACAUUGUGGCCGGCCGGCCCCCUCGCCGUUGAAGCGGAUCAGGACGCACCGAGAGAGCGGGGGAAGGCGGCGCUGCCGGGAGCCGCGCACGGCGGAGGUGGGACCGAGUUCGUGAGGCAGCGGGAACGGGAGAGGUCGGCAGCGUCGCGGAGGCAGGGGAGACUGUCUGAGCCCACGUGUGUGUGCACGCAGCCCGGACCGGGCCGGGACCCAGCCUCUAGGCCAGCAUGCCCAAGAAAAAGCCGGGACCUAUCCAGCUGCACCCGAGUCCCGAUGGAUCCGCGAUCAACGGCACCACUUCCGCAGAGACAAAUUUGGAAGCGCUGCAGAAGAAGUUGGAGGAGCUGGAGCUGGACGAACAGCAGCGGAAGAGGUUGGAGGCCUUCCUAACUCAGAAACAGAAAGUCGGCGAGUUGAAGGAUGACGACUUUGAGAAGAUCUCGGAGCUGGGUGCAGGCAAUGGCGGAGUUGUCUUCAAGGUCUCCCACAAACCGUCCGGUCUAAUCAUGGCCCGGAAGCUGAUCCACCUGGAGAUCAAGCCAGCCAUUCGGAACCAGAUUAUCCGAGAACUGCAGGUGCUCCAUGAGUGUAACUCUCCCUAUAUCGUGGGAUUCUACGGAGCCUUCUACAGCGACGGCGAGAUUAGCAUCUGCAUGGAGCACAUGGAUGGCGGAUCAUUGGAUCAAGUGCUGAAAAAGGCAGGAAGAAUUACGGAGCAGGUCCUGGGCAAAGUGAGCAUAGCUGUUAACAAGGGACUGGCGUACCUGCGGGAGAAACACAAGAUUAUGCACCGAGACGUUAAGCCGUCGAACAUCCUGGUGAACUCGCGUGGUGAAAUCAAGCUGUGUGACUUUGGGGUCAGUGGGCAGCUGAUUGACUCGAUGGCCAACUCGUUUGUUGGGACCAGGUCCUACAUGUCUCCGGAAAGACUCCAGGGAACACACUAUUCUGUUCAGUCGGACAUCUGGAGUAUGGGGCUCUCCCUGGUGGAGAUGGCGAUCGGCCGCUACCCAAUUCCUCCGCCCGAUGCGAAAGAGCUUGAACAAAUUUUCGGCUGUCAGAUGGGCGAGGACGCAUCAUCCCCUGAGCAGAGCGGUCGACCGCCUGGGCGUCCUGGCAGCUCUUUUGGUCUGGACUGCCGACCUCCGAUGGCGAUAUUUGAACUAUUGGAUUACAUAGUGAAUGAGCCACCUCCUAAGUUGCCAUCCGGCGUCUUCAGUGACGAAUUCCAGGAUUUUGUGAAUAUCUGCUUGAUAAAGAAUCCUGCGGAGAGAGCAGACUUGAAACAGCUCAUGGCUCAUGCUUUCAUCAAGCGAUCAGAGGCGGAAGAAGUGGAUUUCGCAGGCUGGCUGUGCACGACGAUUGGCUUGAAGCAGCCAAGCACUCCAACGCACACUCCCGCUAUCUAAGUCAUGCUAAACCACUGUUCUUUGUGCAGCAAACUGAUGGAUGUUUCUGCUGAUGUUACCUCAUGAAUAACCCUCUGUCCCAUGAUAUAUUUAAAGAGAUGUAUUUACAUUUUUAAAGGAAUGAUGUCUGUUAAAAUUGUCAAAAUUUAACUUCCUUAAAAUUUUAGUAUUUGCCAAUGGGAAUAGUUAGCAAGUUGGUCUUAUUUAGGGCUUAGUGCCGACAGAAUAAGUUGAGGGUAACUGGUUAACUUUUCAAAGGGAUGGUACUAAGCUAUUAUACACCCAAUUUUGUGGAUAAUUAUGGGAUACCGCUGUUGUUUACAGGGCCAUACAUAACUCGUCAUUUUAUAAAGUGCAUCUGCUGGUCACCAGGUGGCAGGUAGGGAAUGCUCUGGAUGCUUACUAAUGUGUACGUUACACUGCAGGUAGAGGAAUUUCUGCCUCAUUGACACAGUCUGUCUUCUCCCAAAGGGUGGGGUAGGCCCUCUGUUCAUUAGUGUGACUUUAAAGCCAGUAGUUGGGUGGGUGACAGGCAUUUUCCAAACAUAGAUUUAACAUAUAGUUUCUAUAUGCCAUACCACAGGUUUAAAUUCCUAUUUGCAUGGUCCAAUCCUGGCUUCAAAACUGACCUUUGCAUUUUGAAGGGUGAAAAUUAGUUUCAUUGUUCUUCACCUGCCUUUAAUGGAGUCUGUACUUAACUAGCCUCCCCCUAAUACCCUGCAAGUAUUUGGGCUAAAUACAGGGCAAUACAGUAUGGUUUUAUUUCUGAUCUUGUGUACCAAGAGCAUUAUACUGGAAAAGGCAAAACACCCUGCAUACUGACAAUAGGAAACCUUUGUGACCAGCACAUGAAGAUGGAUGGACCAGGCUUAAGUAUGUGAAUGGGAAAUGGGUGAAGACAGGAAUUAUAACACAGGAUGGAUAAGUGUAAUAAUUUUGAUUCAUUGAAUGUGGAAGGUUGUAAAAUUAUAAAGGAGAAAUCUGUUCCUUGAAUUUAUUAAGAGGAAAUAGCCAGAGUUAAAACAAUCAAAGCAGCUUAUAGUAUUAAAGAUUAAAUGCUAAAGGCAAUGUGGGGGAAAGUAGUAAAUCAGUUAAUAGUGCAGUGCCACUUUAAAAGGAUGAUUGUGCUACACUCGGAGAAAGUGGCAGGAACUUUUAUUGGAGAUCAACUUAAUCUGCUCAGUUCACUCACUUCCAGUGGAAGAUAUACACCAGUAUUUUCUACUGUUUAUGAAGUUGAUAGAACAAAAUAUGAAAUAGAUUGUGUAGAAUUAAUCUGUUUAGUUAUAUUUAAGUGUGCAUAGCUUUGUUUUCUGGAAUAGCUGGUGCAUCAGUGAUAUUAAAUCCAUCACAUUUCCUGUACUUUCCUCCCAGUGACCUAAUUUGUGAAGCAGAUGAACUGUUAUUUUACCUUAAGAUGUGUGAAGUUGCGCAGGUAUGUCAGCUGAGUGUAUCACCUGAACUCAUUGUGGUCUUUAGGUGGACAACCCUGUUUUAAUUGAUUGUAAUUUUCCAGUUUGAUAGAACAUCUAAAUUAUCCCAGGUGUAUCAGCCAUGGAGCAGAUAGGGUCCUUGUGUAAGUUUUAAUGUUAAUAACUGUACCUGCUAAGCAAGUAACAAUCUUCAUUAAGCUUAAAGAAAUAUAGGAAUGUGCAUCUGUAAUCCCUCAAAGCCAUUCAUUUACUAGUAUUGUACAUUAAUCAGCUGCUAUAUCCAUAAACUGACUCUGGCUGCAGAUUCUUGCCCUGUGCUGCCAGUGAGAAUUGGAUAGCUCUCUUGAAAGAUAAUCUCCUAAAUCCCAGGGAAAGAAAGCACACAGCUCAUCUCCUUUACCCAUUGUUUCAUAUUAUUCGCCAGGCACAAGAUGCGCUUUAUUUCAAUCCCCACCUGGUGGAAAGUGCAGCUACUGCAAUGUUGACAUUGGAAGAUUGGGCGGGCCCUCACCCACACUACUACUGUCCCCUGCCACUCCUUCACUAGGAAUCUUAAUCCACCUUUUCAAAUGAACUUUUGUACUUUGUUUUGGAAAAUCAGGAACAACAAAUUGGGAACUUUAGGGAUCAAACGUGCAAGUACGCUCAACCCAACAAUCUUUCUUCUAGACCUAGUGUUUAACCAGUGAGAAAAUAUUGUUGACUGCUAAAAUGGUGUGAAUCAAGUGUGCACUUCAAAACCCCUCAAUCUGUGUUACAGCUAACAUUUUCACCAUUAAAGUCCAAUGUUGCAACAGAG